GAUGAAUUUUUUACCAAUAUUGGUGGUGAUUAUAAUCAUGAUUUCAAGGAUGAUGAUGAAAUCGAUUAUCAAAUCGAAACAAAUAAGAAAUUGGCCAUUGAUUCGGCUGUUGAUUCGGAUGAUUCACCGUCAUCAUCAUGUAAUCAUUAUUGGCAAUUAUGGUUUUGGAAAUCUGAUCAAUGGUAUAUUGAAUGGGAUUAUGGUCUGCAAAAAUUAGCAAAACCAUUUAAUGGUCGACAACGAUUAUUGAAAUUAUUUGAUCAAUUACUUCCACUGUCCGACAUAGUUAUUCCAAGUGAUUAUUCAAUAUUUCGUGAAUUAAUAAGACCAAAAUGGGAAGAUUCAGCCAAUCUAAAUGGUGGUGCAUGGAUUAUUGAAUUUGAACGUUGUUCAUUAAUUACUGAUAUGAAAUUAAUGGAAAAUAUUUGGCAUUCAUUGGUUGAAUUUAUUGUUGAAAAACAUUGCAAUAAUAAUGAUUGCUCACUUUUUAAACAUAUUUGCGGUAUAAAAAUCAGUAUUCGAUUCAAAGUUUUUAUCAUUUCCAUAUGGAUUGAUACAUUUAAUGAUUUAUCAAUCAUAUUUCCAAUCGGUAUCCGUAUACAAUCGAUUAUAAUGGAAAUAAUUCAGAAUAAUCGUCGAAUAAGAUUAUCAGAAACAAUUGAUAAUUCAACAACAACAACAACAACAUCAUUAUAUCAUUAUCAUACAUUACCAUUAUUAUUAUUUCGUUCACAUAUUGUUUCAAAACGUAUUGCAGCCAAUAAAGAUGUUAAUAUUAUUGGUGGUUGUAGUGCUGCUGCUGCUGCUGCUGCUGGUGGCAAAAAAUAUUUCAAUUCCGCCGGGUUAUUUAAUCAUCAUUUGAAAUCAAAAAACAAAUGA